UCGCCCUCUUCCCUUCUUGUUCUCGAGGUCCCUCUGGAAUACCUUUUGGUGCGUUCCCCGCGUCCCCUCGCUCACCAAUUGGCGUUUGUCAAGUGCGAUAAUGCUGACGCCUGGGGUUAGUUCAGCUCUCUACCUAUACAUAGGCCUUCCCAUUUCUCCAGUCUCAUCUACCACUCUUUCUUUGGCGCUGCCAGCGAUUUUGCACCCAGCGCCACUCACAGCACCCGCGCCCCUCGGUUCAGCUGUCCUUUUAUUCCAGUCGUCCUCACAGGGCCUGUGGAGGCUGCCUCGUCUGCCAGCGUGUGGGCCUUCCUAAUACCCAAUACCCAACACCCCCAAACCCCCAACACCCCCAACACUCUCUAUCUCUUCUAUACGAUCCCUUGUCCCACUCUUAUCUUGAAUCUUGUAGUUUGAUCGUGCUUGUAAUAUGGAACCUGGGGUUGUUGGUCGAAAUAUGACGGCCAUGUCCAGUAAUCCUCGAUCCCGCGACUUCAGUGGCGGGGUUGCCAUCAACGGUGCCGAAAGCGACCGACCGUCCCACACGGCAUUGACGCCCGGCUUUGCGAACACUGCUGGCUGGGGUGGCAGCAUAUGGAACAAUAACACACUGGGCGCCGGCUUUGGGUCAGCUGUGAGAGAGAGCUCACGGCCACGAGAAAAUGGUACCUACAUCAGCAGUCCUUCGGACCCAAUAGAAGGCAAGACAGGCUCAGGCUCUCUCGUCGCAUCAUCGGAAUCCGACAACUGGAAACCUAAUCGCUCCCCUUGGGGAGACAACGCGACAGGCAUGCCCCAUGCAAGAAGCUCCGGAGUUUCACCUGCGCGGAAGAGGUCCAUCGCGCAAACGCAAUCUCAGCAAUACGCUGACUCCACCUCGUCAGCCUACUUUCCUGUGUCCAGGUCGGCGGGUCUGAACCAAGGCCCCGUUGCAAAACCGCCAAAGCCACUACUCGACCCUACGUCAAUGAACUUUUCUUCUACCAGACAGGUUGAUCCUUUGGUUACUAAUGGUUUCUCCAGUUUUGGUUUCGGUCAGAGUGAUAGUAAUCCGCAGCGCUCCGAAACAACGGUGGGCUCCUGGCCGGAUGCAGGGUCAGUGCAUUCCCCAAAUGAUGACAGACGAAGCAUUACCGCCUCGGAGUAUUUUGGUCCUUCGAGUGGUACACAAUCACGUAGCGGCAGUCUGCCCCCUUCACGACACGGCGCGGAGCCUUUGCAAUUUGCGCAGAACAAUGACCAAUACUCAAGGUUCACCCAGCCGGGUCCCCGCCAACACUCCUCAUUCUCUCAUGCUAACGGGCGUGCAUUCCCAGAGCGCAGCGGCUCAAUUCAAAGCGACUCGCUACAUCUACUGUCGAGGAUGAGCAUUGCCGAUCAGGAUAUGGACACGGCCAUGAUUGCACACAAACCAUCUGUGAGCAUCAAUGGACUUCCUCCUGCUUUCACACCUUCUGGCAACGACUCCGCCUUCCCACGCGACACAUACGGAGACUCGCAAAGCUUAGCUCGACCCGAAGACGGAAAUUACGCACAUACAGGGAGCUACACUCCCGAUAGCUACGCAAAUGGACAUUUGAGUGAUCCUAACACGCAAUUCCGCUCCUUUCAAUUCGACAGUCGCAGUGCGCCUAACGGAACUGGAGUCAGGCAGAGUCCCUUCUACUCGCAUGCACAUACACCACCAGUAUACGACCACCUCUACCCUUCCCGCAACGACCAGACUCUUGCAAAUGGCAACAACAUUGCUCUUUUCCAAAGCAAGCUGCAAGGCUACCAGCAGCAACAGGAGCGGCGUAACUACAUCAACCCGACCCAGUUCCAUCAGCAGCAUUUCCAGCAUCUCUUAGCUACCAAUCAGCUACGAUCUCCGUACGGCUAUGCGUAUUCCAUACCCAACGGAAUGCAGUUGAACGGGAUGCAACCAAACCUCGCCAUGCCCGCUAUUCCUGGAAUGAUGAAUAUGAUCGAAGCUCCCAGAGCUCCACGAGAUCAUGCGCAACCAGACGGUGUUGUCAGCAAGUGCUUAUAUGAUUUCAAGCAGAACAGCAAAACUAGUAAACGGUACGAGUUGAAGGACAUUUACGACCACAUCGUCGAAUUCAGUGGCGAUCAACAUGGAUCCCGGUUCAUCCAGCAGAAACUGGAGACAGCGAACAGUGACGAGAAGGAUCGAGUCUUCAGGGAACUGCAAGGGAAUGCAUUGCAGCUAAUGCAAGAUGUCUUUGGAAAUUACGUCAUCCAGAAAUUCUUCGAGCAUGGGGACCAAACCCAAAAGAAGAUCCUUGCGAGCCGUAUGAAGGGGCAGGUCUGGAAUCUUUCUCUGCAAAUGUACGGCUGCAGAGUCGUACAAAAGGCACUGGAGCACAUUCUAACAGAUCAGCAAGCCGUAUUAGUGAAGGAGCUCGAGAAAGAUGUCACCAAAUGUGUCAAGGACCAGAACGGCAAUCACGUCAUCCAGAAAGCUAUCGAACGCGUACCCCUCGAGCACAUACAAUUCAUCAUUGAUGCUUUCCAUGGUCAGGUCGGGAGCCUCGCCGUGCACCCUUACGGAUGCCGGGUUAUCCAACGAGUGCUCGAAUAUUGUGAAGAGCCAGCACGGAGAUUCAUUCUUGAGGAACUACAUGCAGAAGGACCGAAGCUCAUCACAGACCAAUACGGCAAUUAUGUGACUCAGCAUGUUAUUGAACACGGGAGUCCCGACGAUCGCGCGAAGCUCAUCUCACUGGUCAAAGGGCAAUUGCUUGUUUUCUCGAAACACAAAUUCGCGAGCAAUGUUGUUGAGAAGUGUUUAAUCUUCGGAACCGAUGACCAGCGGCGAGAGAUCAUGCUGAAGGUUAUUGAAAAGCCCGAGCGUGGGGAGAGUACGCUGAUGAUGCUCAUCAAGGACAACUAUGGCAACUAUGUCAUCCAGAAAAUUUUAGAGACAAUAUGCCGCAAAGACUAUGACGAGCUUAUCGCAUUCCUCAAGCCAGAGAUGGAUAAGGCCAAGAAGAUCAUUUCGGGGAAGCAAGUGCUUUCAGUUGAGAAAAAGAUGCACCGCUUCGACCGCGUAGAUAGCGUCUCCUCGCCCACGGCUCAGCGCAAUUCCAUCAGCUCCGCGACUGAUAUCUCCCCCACGCCACCCCUUACCAGCGACGCCCAGAGCCCUCAAAGCAGCUCGCUCCCCAGCACUAACACCAGUACUGUCGAUGACCCUGUAAACACAACCCCUCUUGCAAAUAAGACUCUCUCUCCUCCCCGGGGCGGCGUCAGCAUCGCAAAUACUUCCUCGUAGAUACCACGAAAUCCCCAAGAAACGGCCUCGGGCGACUACUAAU